AUGUCACCAAACGAGAUUCAGGGUCGUCUUGCCCUUAUUACUGGUGCUUCGGGAGGCAUUGGAGCAGCUUGCGCACACCAGCUUGCCGAACAUGGAGUCAAUCUUGCGUUGACAUACGCUACCAAUUUGACCGCCAUGAACGCAUUAGUGGCCGAUCUGCAAGAUCUCCAAAACAAACACGCCGAAAAACAUCUCCGCAUCUCGAUCCACAAGGUCGAUGUCGGGUCUGCCGAUGAUAUAGAGAGAAUGUUCCAAGAAAUCGACAAGGAGCACGGCCACCGACCCGAUAUCCUGAUCUCGAACGCCGGGUACGGGAAACGGGUAACAAAUAUCUGGGAUUGCACGCUCGAGGAAUUUGACUACACGCUCCAAGUCAAUCUGCGCGCCUCUUUCAUCCUGACCAAGGGUGUUGUGGAGCACAUGAAGAGUCAGAAAUGGGGUCGCAUUGUGUUCAUGUCCUCGAUUGCUGCUCAGGGCGGAGGCAUUAAUGGGUGCCAUUACGCCGCCUCCAAGGGUGGAUUAACUGGCAUGAUGAAGAAUCUUUCUACACGGCUCGCUGAAUUCAAUAUCAGUGUCAAUGAUGUGGCUCCAGCCAUGAUCGGUGAAACGGGCAUGAUCCCCAAUGCCGCGGCUAUCCCUGAGGUGGCGGCUGGAAUGCCUUUGGGACGUCUUGGAACACCCGAAGAGACGGCCAACGUCGUCACUAUGCUUGUUAAAACCGGCUAUAUGACUGGCCAAAGUCUUCUUCUGGCUGGCGGCUUGAAAUAA